CUGACUCAUUCUGGUCCUCAUAAUGACCAGAGGUGAGAUAGAGCCUAGGAAAGCCCCAGAGGGAAGAGGCAUUUCUGUUGAGCAGACUGAAUGCCUCUCAAAGAUUAUGAGCGAUCCAAAAUCUUUGCUGACUAUGAUCAUGGCAUCAGGGAAAAAUGUAAAUGAUAUGGGUGAUCCUGAUGCUUGCACUCUUAACCCAGGCACUCAAUAUGCCUUUCUCAUGAUUUUGGGAAAACCAAUAUAUAUGGGGGUAUGAGUUCCAGAUGUAUGAGGAAGCUCUGACCUGCAGAUUUUGGCAGACGGAGUCACAGUCCUUGCAAGACAGCUACAAUUAUUUGAACAUGCUAGAGGUGGAGUAUUUAUUCCAAGCAAAGAUCCACCUGUUGUUUCGGGAUGGCAUGUUGUUGGGUUUAUCGGCUUUGGACUGAUUGGAAUCUUUUUAAUUCUUGGAUUAUUAGUUGAGUAUACAGAGUUUAUGGGUCAAAUUCCCCCAGCCGAUGAACCUCUCUCUGAUGCUUUACAAGACAAAUUGCUUGUUAAAUCAAAAUCUUUACUUGGGAAAAUUUUCCUUGCAUUUUCUCCAUCAAGAAAUCUGAAGAAAAUGUUUUACACUCCACAGAAAAAAGAUGAUUACUUAUCAGCAUUGAAUGGGUUUAGACUUCUCAGUCUCUACUUUGUGGUUUUAGGCCACACUAAUUCACUGAUGGUUCAUGGAGGAGUAAUAAACUUUACAAGCGUCCCAUCAUUCAUAAACACUUGGUGGGCUGUUCUAAUUGGCAUUGGAUAUUAUUCAGUAGAUGUGUUUUUCUUCAUUUCUGCAUUUUUGGCAACAUACUUAAUGGUUACUAAAUUUUACGGUAAAAGAUCCUUCAAUAUCCCAAUGCUGUACCUGCACAGACUGAUCAGAGUACUUCCAACACUGCUGUUAGUAUAUGCUAUCUUCUUUACGUUCUUUCAGUUCAUAGGAUCCGGUCCUCUUUGGAAGCCUUAUGUUGAUUAUCUGAUCUCUGAUUGCCGCGAUGGUUGGUGGCAGCCCCUAUUAUUUAUUUCCUCUUGGUACAACAAGGGAAACUGAUUUGGACAACUAUGGUAUCUCUCAAAUGAGAUGACUUACUUCCUAUUUGUUCCUUUAAUUGUUCUGACUUACUUGAAUUCCAAACUCAUUGGGUAUUGUUUGAUCACAUUUUUGAAUAUUGCAGGAAUAAUACUCCCUUUCGUCUUUUCUCACAUUAGAGGGCACAGCAUCUCAAUCCUGAAGGAUCCUGCAGAGAAAUACCAGGAUGAAAUAUAUGGGCACCCUUAUACGAGAUUCGGAGCUUACACUGUUGGAGUGCUUUUCGGAGUCCUAUACUUUGAGUGGAACAGAUCGAGAACGGAUCCUGGUUAUCGAUAUUCAGCUGGUGCCAGAUUUUAUAACUUGUUCAAGAAGAGCACCGUUUUAUGCAUCUUCGCAUUCGUAUUUUCCUCUGCAGUCAUGCUCUUCUUCAUUCUGCUACCAAGGGUUGAGCUACAAGAACCUAAUGAGAGGGUCAUCAGCCAAAUCCCAAGUGAUUUUUACAAUGGAUUCCAUAGACCAACUUUCGUGGCAUUUCUUGGGAUCUUCCUGGCCCCACUCUUUGUAGGAAGGCUCACCUUGGUUAAGGAUGUGUUUGGAGGUAAACUAUUGGCUCCUUGGGCGAAGGUCACAUUUGUGGCAUACUUAAUACAUCUUAAUGUAUUGGGAUUCGUCUUUAUGCAAACAAAAGCAUCAUUAUAUUUUGAUGGCCCAUCUCAGAUCUUCUAUUCUCUAACAGCAUUCUUCAUUACAAUCCUGAUUAGCGUUCCAAUAUCUUUGGUAAUAGAGUCUCCUAUCUUACAAAUCGAGAGACUUGUUUUGUUCCCACCAAGGCAGAAAUCAGACCUUAAAGAAGCUCAAAAUGCAUUGCUUCAGAAAAUAGAUCCCAUUAACGAAUCAGGUAUUUCCAAGGAUACAAGCGAUAUGUCAUAA